AUGGCCGACGUAGAUAUUGCUAAAUACACCCAAGACAAUUGGGAGGAAUUGAGAGACGAAUUGGAACCAUAUGCAAAAAGGGAUACCCUAUGUCUUGGAGCUUGUUUGAUAAAAUACAACCAAGUCAUGAAAGAAGUUGUAAACCAGAAUAUGUCCAAUAAUCUAACGGCUCCAUCUUUAUCUUUAAAGGGUUGGUAUUAUUUAUAUCAUUACGAUAAAGAAAUGGUUGAAGAAGAAUGGUAUGAAACUACUAGAAUGGUUGCGAAACAUACCGAAAAAGAAAAUAUAGAAAAAGUUUAUUCGCACCCUAAUCCUUUUAUAAGAAAUUUUAUCAGACGAUCUAUUAAAGGAGGAAGAGUUUCGGCAAAUAGAAAAUGA